AUUCACGUUCCCGCCAUUGUUACCCAUUUUCACCUUUCUUUCUCCCACAUAAAGGGCACAAAAAUGUUGAAUUAUCAAAAUCUGAUUUUUGCUUUAAUCCCUAAAACCCAAAUAUUCAUUCCGGAAUGGAUCUCUCUGAUAUCGCGAAAAAGCUCGGCCUCUCUCAGAACAAGCCGCUCAUACGAAGAGCGGCCGAGCUCCGCCGCCAGGCCGAUAUCCAAUUUGAUUCAUCCAUCAUCGGCGUCGGUGAAGUGUGCAAAGCUAUUAUCUGCUUAGAAAUCGCCGCUUCUGGGAUGGAAGUGAUAUUUGAUCGGCAGGCUGCAAUCAGGUUGAGUGGGAUGAGUGAGAAGGCCUAUAAUAGAUCCUUCAAUUCAAUGCAGAAUGGCAUUGGAGUCAAGAAUAAGCUUGAUAUUAGAGAAUUGGCCAUUCAGUUUGGGUGCAUUAGGCUGAUUCCUAUUGUUCAGAAGGGUCUAUCACUAUACAAGGACCGGUUUGUUACUUCAUUGCCACCUUCUCGUAGGCUAAGUGCUGAUUUCACUAGGCCUGUGUUCACUGCUGUAGCAUUUUAUUUGAGUGCUAAAAAACACAAGCUGAAGGUGGACAAGGAUAAGUUAAUAGAAGUUUGUGGAACUUCAGAAUCUGAAUUUGUUAGUGUUUCUACUUCCAUGAGGGACCUUUGCUUUGAUGUUUUUGGGAUCUCAAAAGAAAAGAAAGAUGCUAAAGAAGUCAAGGGGAACCGAGGGUUGCUUGAUGCUUUACCUGAGAAGAGAAGGAUUGAGGAUGGUGGCUAUUCAUCUGAUGAGGAUGAGUCUUGCUACAAGAAGCGUAAGCGAAUGGAUGAACAAGAUUAUGAAAAGUGGAAGUCUGCUGUUGUUGACUCAAAUAAUCCUGUCAAGGCUAAAGCUCCUUUGAAGCGAACCAAGCAAGCCCGGCUCAACUUCCCGAAGAAAGUUCCUGAAACUGAAGUGGAAGCUGCGUGAGAUACAUGCCCAUGGCAGUGUAACUGUGUAAGAAAUGAGUCAAAAGAUGUUAGCAUGCUUAGAGCAAGGAACCAAAAGGGUUUGUAUUCAUGUGUUUUGAUUUAUAAGGUGACAUGUAAAGUGGGAUCCAAAAUGCUUACUGCGCUCUACAAGUCUGAGUCUACUGUGUAAAUCAAAGGAAUUUUUGGGUACAUAUGCUGUGAGCUGAAUAUGCUUUGAUGUUUCAGUCUGCUCACUUAAUCCAAAUUAUACACAUUCUUGUAAUGUUUGUACAAUAACUCUUGUUUGUUUGGAUAUUUAUAAAAGGAAAAAAGAUGUACCUUCGGUCUCUAAA